AUGCCGUACAAACUUCCAUUUCGUGUGAUACAUGUGUCUGGUCAGGAUGAUAAUUAUAAAGCCAGUGAAUUAAAUACUCAUGGUCCGUUAACCAAGGGUUGGCAAUCAUCAAGAUUUUGUUUGUAUCCACAAGAUAUUGUGAUCCAGUUAAAUUUUCGAUCCAGAUUACGGAAAAUUCAAAUUUUAGCUCAUCAAUAUCUUAUAUCCACCAAGAUUGAGUUUUUUGUGGGUGAUGUACCAGAUGGAAUAAAACCAACGUUAGAAAACGCCAGAUAUACCAGACUAGGUUAUGUAGCUCUAUCAGACAACGAAAAGACGGGAUACAAGGCGAGGGAGUUGAAAUCUGUCCACGUCGACGCCCAUGGUGUGUUUCUGAAAUUAAAUGUACAUAAGAAUCACAUUAAUAAGUACAAUCUAUAUAACCAGGUUGGAUUAAUAGCAAUAAAUGUGAUUGGUGAAAAUGUGGAACCAAGAAAAAUUGAUAUAAUGGAUCCUGUAGAUGGCAGAGAAAUUAUUUGUCCAAUGUAUAAAACAAAUAAAAUCUAUCGUAUUUUCAGACCUGAUUAUAUUUCACCGUUAGACGACUUGGCAUUUGAUAUGUACCAAGAUCCAGAAAUAGCUCAAAUCAUUAGAAAACUUGAACGUAAAAAACAAGAAGCAGUGUUACAAGAACGAUAUGAUUAUGCGAAGAAGUUAAAGAUUGCUAUUUCUGAACUACAAACAAUUGGAGAAAAACUAGGAAAAAUGGAGAUUGAGAAACGACAAGCAGUAGAAAAUGAAGAUUAUGAUAACGCUCAAAUUAAGAAAAUCAAAAUGGACGAAUUGAGGCUACAGAGCUAUAAAGACUUCCAUGUUAAUGAUCUACUAGAACUUUCUGGGGUAAAACCAAUACGCCAGCCGACCCCACCUCGUUUAUUGGAUAACCUUUAUCAUACAACUCCACCACAAACACCACCUCGUUACGAUGACAGACCACUACCCUCUCUAGCAUUUACUAACCCUGCUAUAUUAUUUAUUAGACCUAAAAAUAAAGAUAGUAAACCCAGUCCAGCUAGUGUAGUAGUAGAUCCCCCUGCUAAACCUGUAACCCCGUACGAAGAUCGGCCUUUACCAGUUCAUCAACACAAACAAUCAGCUCUAGCUGAUGAUCAGCCAACAGAUACAGAAAAUGGGUAUAUUGAAAUAGUUAAUCUGUCUAUUACAGGAGAAGCUGAACCAAUGACAGAAAAAGAUUUACGAGAUGCCUCACAACCUAUUGAAGUUUUUGGAGAACCGUUGGUAUCCAAAGCUUACUCUAAAACCUGGUCAUAUCGAGAAGAUGCUUUAUUAGCCGUAUAUAAGAGGAUGACAGAGUUAUCUCCCUCUACACCGAAGGAUGAAGCUCGUUAUAUGAUGAGGGCAGCCAUUUUCCUCGUCAAGAGAGCCAUUGAUGAUAAAGUAUAUGCAGUUUUUAAAGCAGCAAUUCAUCUAUUACGCAUGAUAUUAACUGAAUUUGUGUCUCAAUUCAAGAUACCAAAGAGUGAUAUUACUACAGCUGUAGAAAGAACAAUGCCUAAUCUAUUACAUAAAGCAGGAGAUACAACUGCAAGAAAUCGAGAUGAUGCCAAGUCAUUUAUUCUGGAAACAGCCAACUUUGCUGAUGUCAAGCCCACACAUAUUGUACCCCAUGAGUUAGUAAAACCAUUUAAAAUGACGAUAGCUCCAAGAAUUGGACAGAGUCAUGUGGAGAUUGUGGAGGCCCUGUAUAAAGAUCAUGGUCUUAGAAAUAGUGGUUUGACAGUUGAAAAUCUGAUGCCAUUUUGUGUGGAGGUCUUAAACCACCAUUCUGCCGAUGUUCGUGACCCAGCUGAGAGAAUUAUUAAAAUGUUAUAUAAAGAUGUAGGUCCCCCAGUAAAAGACUACCUCCCACCUGAUGAUGACAGAUCCAGAAAAAUUACUCUCUGGAGACAACUGUUUGAAUACUUUGAUAAAGUUGAUGGUAAACCUACAAAAGAUGAUGUUAGGAGAUCUGAAGCUAAAAAAGAAAGUGAGAAACAAGCUGAAAUAGAAGCUCUACAGAAACAGUUACAACAGUUGAAAGACAUGCAAUCUGGGAAAGCAAAGAAAGGAGGAAAAACUCCCAAAGGUAAAGCAGCCAAUCCACCUGGUAAACCUUCUACUCCAGAAGAAGAUUUUAACAUUGAUAAUGUGUGUAUAUUCUGUGAUGAAAGAAACCCAGCGUUCACUGAGGAAGGACUGGACGUCCAUUACUGGAAGAAUUGUCCCUUGUUGAAACGUUGUAAUACCUGUCGACAGGUGGUAGAAAUUGUAAGUUAUACCGAUCAUCUACUGAACGAAUGUCAAGACAAGGGCAACUUUAAAAAAUGUUCCAGAUGUACAGAAGCCAUACCUAAAAAAGAAUAUGAUUCACACGUGAAAAACAAAUCUUGUACACCGGCAAAAUCCAACAUGACCCACUGUCCCCUGUGUCAUCUAAACAUUCCCCUGGGGGAUGAGAACUGGAAGAAUCAUCUGCUAUCUAAAGAUGGAUGUAAACAAAAUAGUCGAAGAGAACUCUUAUUCAGCAAACAGCCAGCCGGUAGGUUUACUCCAGGAGUUGAUUAUGGCAGAAUUUUGGAGAGGUCCCUUGGUUUUUUAAGCAAUUGA